AUGUCACCUGUACCGUGGCUACUGGGCCUCUUCGCAUCACUUCCAGGCGCGGUGCGGACACUGAUCAAGUUUGACAGCAUCUGCAUGGCUGUACUUGCGUGGAAGGAAGCGAGUCAUGAGCGAGAGCCGGGUGAUGUUGACAACAAGACUACAUGGCUCACAUCGCCAGAUUUCCUGCCCCUCAUAUCCGCACCCUUCAAAGAUCCCAAAAUGGGCGCUGUAAUGCCCCUCAUUGGAGCCUGCCCUCACCACCAUCGCAGUCUCAUCAAGGCCUUCUACAACUUCCUCGGCAUGACUUAUCUUGUCUGCCGACACCAUGAGUGCAAAGCAGAUCGAGGAUGUGGAACCCACCGAGAGCGGUGA